AUGGGACAGCAGUUCACCAACGCCGAAGGGGAGCAAGGAGAGAUUGAUGUUGCCGAAUUGCAGGAAUGGUAUAAGAAAUUUGUGGUUGAAUGUCCCAGUGGGACCCUCUUCAUGCACGAAUUCAAGCGGUUCUUCGGGGUCCAGGAUAACCGUGAAGCAGCAGAGUAUAUCGAAAACAUGUUCAGAGCUUUUGAUAAGAAUGGGGAUAAUACCAUUGAUUUUCUGGAAUAUGUAGCUGCCUUGAAUCUUGUUUUACGAGGGAAACUGGAACACAAGCUGAGGUGGACAUUCAAAGUAUAUGACAAGGAUGGGAAUGGCUGCAUAGAUAAACCUGAGCUGCUGGAAAUUGUUGAGUCUAUCUACAAGCUGAAGAAGGUGUGUCGGUCGGAGGUGGAGGAGAGGACUCCACUGCUCACGCCGGAGGAGGUUGUGGACAGGAUAUUUCAGUUGGUGGAUGAGAAUGGGGAUGGGCAGCUGUCUCUUGACGAGUUCAUUGAUGGGGCCAGGAAAGACAAGUGGGUCAUGAAGAUGUUGCAAAUGGAUGUAAACCCUGGGGGAUGGAUCUCUGAGCAGAGGAGAAAGAGUGCUUUGUUUUGA